AUGGGCCAUAUUGCUCCCGUCGCCGGGGUCGUGGUCGGGGUCGGAGUCGGGGUCGCACAGACGGCGCCCCUGGCCGGCACUUUCGACAUCCUCGAGGACGAGGCCCUCGUCUCCUUGGGCUCCCCCUCGCCGCCACCACCACAGCAGGAACAAAGCCUAACCGCGAGGGACGUGCUUGAGGAGCUUUCAGUUAAGCACAGACUGAACAAGCUUUCGGCCCUUACCGCCAUCCACACGUCGAAGCCGACAAACGCACUUGCCUCUGAAGCGACGACUCAUUCUCCCGAGGUCAAGCCUCAGAGCAAGCCCGCCUGGCGAGUGGCAUCUCGCAACCGUCGCCCCCAAAUUGAGUCGGAGACGUUUGAGCCGCUUGAUGCGGUGAUUGAAGAGCCGAGCUCGCUUCAGGAAAUCGAAGCACCUGAGACGCCACCGUCUGAGCACGCCCAAGAGCUCUCACACGAGCCUAUUGUCAAAGAUAUCCCACCCCAAAAAGUUCAUCCACUGGAGGCACUGGACUCUGAUCCCGACAUCCGGGAGCAGGUCGAGAAGCACCUGGCAGGUCAGUUUGAGUGUCUGGUCACAUACCCAUAUCCGGCAGCAGAAGGGCUCGCAGAGAACCGUGGACCGACUCACGACAGCGCCGUCGUCCGAGUCCCGUCGGGAAGCACGGUCUACGGCUGCACCUUUCUGCGCCGAAUCUUCCAUCCUUGCUCCGACGAGCACGCCACCUCGGGACAUGGUUUCACUGACGGCUAUCGCCUCCUAGCCACACCACUGAAAGCAGAUGCAUACUUCGUCCUAGGCGAAAUGGACGGAUCCGAGCAAGGAGUCAUGGUGAGCGUCACUGAGCCACCGCCAUAUCCCGGUGGCCCGCUCAAGGUCCCCGAGGUCGUGACCACGGUGAAGCAGGCGCUGUCGCCGUCUCCCUCCAUCAUCAGCGACCAAAGUGGCAGUAUCGGCGACAGGUCGUCCCGGGCUGGGUCAUUCUCGCUGCCGCGCAUUGAAGACUCACUGGAGGAGCUCGAUAAGCUGGAAGAGGAGCUGGAGGCCGUCAACGAGGCCGCCCUCUCUCGUCCUGUUCCGGUGCCUCAGGAUGUCUCUGAGCCCGCCAAAGCGUCUCCCAAAACUCCGUCCACACGCGGAACCCCGACCGCGCAGGAGCGUCCAAAAGUUCCCGCGCAGUCAGCCACGGUCCGCGUCAAGCGAACCGUCAAUGCGAGACCAUCCCUCCGACGGGUUGCAUCUCUAACCCUUCGCGAAAAGAAACCGGAUGGCCCAGACCCUGCCGCGGAGCAAAAGGCGGCAGGCCCAUUGACGACCCGAGUCAAGCCAGGCAUCACACGUCCAGGAGCACCGACGGUCAAGACGCCCGUCAAGUCCACCAAGCCGCCUACGGUACCCAAGUUUGAGCUCCCAGGAGAGGCAGUUGCGCGGCGUCUGAAGGAGCAGCGGGAUGCGCGCGAGGCCAAGCAGGCCGAGGCGCAAAAGGCUCCUCCUGCCGCACCCACGAGGACCAGAAUUAACAGACCACUGGCCAAGCCGACGUUUGAGCUUCCAGGUGAGGCAAUCUCCCGUCGCAAAAGGGAAGAGCGCGAGGCGAAGCUCAAGGCAGAGGCGGAAGAGGAGCGCAAGAAGCGCGAGUUCAAGGCGCGCCCAGUGCGUCACAGCAUUGGUCCCGCGACGCUGCCUCGGGCGACGCUGGCGAGCCUUGCCCGGCAAAACAAGACGUCGCAGGACGACGCAGAGGAGAAGAGAGCCGAAGCGGGCAAGCUCAAGCGCAUGUCCAUGGGCAUGGUGCGUCCCGGAACAGCCACGUCUACGAGCUCGCAGUCGCCGCAGCCACGCGGAAGAAACUCAACGGCGGCCAUGCCGGAGAACUCGAGCCGGACGACAUCGGCUUCCACGGGCAGGAGCAAGCGGAGCACACUAUCGGCCGAGGAACUGGAGCAGCAGAGACUCCGGGGCAAGGAGAUCCUGGAGAGGGACAGCAUCCUCGCCAAGGACAAGGAACGGGACCGGCGCGAGAGGGAAGUAAAGGCGAAGACGGCACGGGAGGAGGCUGCUGAGCGCUCUAGAAUCGCGAGUCGGGAGUGGGCCGAGAAGAAGCGGCGUAGGGAGGCGGCUACAAAGGCCAAGGAGGCGUGA